AUGAUUGAUUGUGCUCUUGAUUUCUUCCCCUUUUUAUCAUUUUUACCACCAGUGUGUAAAAAUGAUGAUGAUUUAUCUAAAACAUUUAUCACUUUACCAGAUCAUAAUAAGAUUUAUUAUAAAACUAUAAAUAAUCAAAUAUAUUUAGAUUGUGAGCCACUCUUUAAUGUUCCACAAAAUGCCACUAUAAACUUUAGCCAAAUAGAUAUAAUUUUGAUUUCAAAUUAUGUUAAUAUGCUGGCCCUCCCUUACAUUACUGAACACAAAGGAUUCAAGGGAUCGAUUUAUGCUACAGAACCAACAUUUCAUUUUGGAAGAUUAUAUAUGCUCGAACUUGUUAGUUAUUUUGAGAGAAGCUCUGAACUAAAGUUAUCUAAAUUACAUAUAUAUCAAUUAGCAACAAAAUCGAUUCAAUCUAAACUUCCUGAUAAAUUAAAGACCUUAUUUAAAGACUUUAAUCUGUAUUCUUGCUAUAACAGAGAAAAUGUGGAAUCAUGUAUGAAUAAAGUUACAUGCAUAAAUUUUUUAGAGAAUUUAAACUUUUACAACAACUUAACAUGUCAUGCUACUAGUGCUGGCUAUUGCAUAGGGAGCUGCAACUGGGUUAUAAAGUCAGAUUAUGAAAAAUUAGUUUUUAUAUCAAAAUCAUCAAUCCUCACAGCUCACCCAAAACCUCUAGAUUUGGCCAAUCUUAAAAAACCAGAUAUUAUGAUAUUAACAGAGUUAACUAAAACACCCUACAACAAGCCAGACACCAUGAUAACCGAAUUCUCCAAAUGUGUCAUCUCGACGCUUAAAAAAGGCGGGAACGUGUUGGUACCUUGCCCCCUUUCCGGGGUUACUUUGGACCUGCUCGAGUGUCUGCAUUUAAGUCUGAGCACCGGUCUUAAAGCCGAUUUUGCGGGCCCUCCCAAGAUUUAUUUUGUUUGUCCCGAGGUGAAAAGUUCCCUGGCUUAUGCAAACAUAUUCUCUGAAUGGCUCUGCACCAAUAAACAGAUAAAAGUUUACCUACCCGAAGAACCAUUUCCUCACUCCGAGAUGACCGAACGCGGCUCUUUGCACCUUCUUACUUGCAUUUCCCAACUCAAUUUUCGAUCUCCUUGUGUAGUUCUCGCUGGACAUUCAUCGCUCUCCCGUGGGCCCGCUGCCAGCUUGCUUCGUGCUUGGCGCGGUGAUCCUUCCAACACACUCAUCAUAGUAGAUCCCACAUUCAUUCCUACCCUCCCUUCUUCACAUCAAAAUGCAUCUAAAACCUUAGCAUCCUCUCCAAAUUUACUUAACCUCGAUUUCGCCAUCCUCGAGAAUACACUUUUAGCUCCUUUCGCUCCUCUAAGGCUUCAAGUGGCUUAUUGCCCUAUAGACACGGGCCUAGUCCCAGCCCACGUCGAGAAACUACUCAGGGAGUGCGAGCCCACGCGAGUAAUAUGUUCACCUAUCGUUGGAGAAGCCCUGCGCCUCAAGGAUGGUGGUGAUCCGGAAGCCUCGAAGCCUUUGUACCACUUAGAUUGCCUGGGGUAUCAUAAUUUUAAAGCGCUCGUCAAUGGAUGGGGUACUAUUAAUGAUGAUGGUGUUGAUGAGGAUUCGUCGGAGAUCAUCAUCCAUAAGACGGAGAGGUCGAAUGGGAGUCUUAGGAAGGUGGAAAUACUUAGUUCUUCGGGAGGGAAAUCCCGUAAAAUGGAAAAUUCUCGCAAAGUGGUAGAUCAUAUUAUCUUGAAACGAGACGGUUUAGACAAAUCUACUAUCAGCUAUACUCUUAAGUCAGAAGAGACACGUUCUAGCAAACAACCUAGCUCAGAGAAAUUUCGUAACGGUUCCACUCUGGGUGCGCCUAAGAAUCUAAAGCCCUCGGAAUGUUCUCAGAAAAACGCGACGGAAGAAAAAAAAUCCAUAUCGGGCGAUAGGUUGUCUGUCAACGAAUCUGCUAAGAAAGGUGAUUCUCAAAAGCAUCCAGGUAGUUCUAACAACCGCUCAAACCUUAAACUCCAAACCACGAAAGAUAGCUCCAAACGAGUCACCAUUGAGAGUGGUCUAGUCGACGACAAUUAUAGCAAAGAAAUCUCGCAACAAAAACGGGAAGAUAAUUCCACCACGAGCCUUAAAUCCGAAACCAAGAAAUUUGUAUCUAAGAGAUCUUCCAUAGACGAACGAAUAAAUUCUCCAAAUUUUGUUGACAUGAAAAGCGCCAAAAUGAGGCGGGUAGGAGAAGAGGACGUUUACCUUGGACCGCACUUUAGCGGGGUGCUCUCUGUGAGAAACAAUCGAUUUGGCCUGACAAUAUCUAGUUUGGAGUCUUAUGACGACGAAAAGGAUGUUGAGCGGCAACUGAACCACGCCCAUCUCAACGAAGCGGUAAACAAUCAUAUAAGGUCGAUACCUAAUACAAUAAGUUGCAACGCAAAUGAAAACAUUACAGCUGAUGACUCAGAAAAGAGUACAUCUUGCAUAGAAGAGUUACUCUUGCCAGAACAUGUAGCUACCAUUUUGAUUAAAAAAGGUUUUAAUGUGGAGCACGUGAUAGAUGAACACAAAUGUGACGCUAUAUUGAACGAUUUGGAUGCUGAAGGUGAACCAAAUCUCUUGCUAAACAUUAAUCACGGGCUCUUUCACUUAGCGCUUCAGACUGGCAAAGAUGGCUUAUUGAAAUCACAUUUAAUAACUAAUCAAAGCUCGUUAUCUAUAGAUGAAGUUAUGUCAGUUCGGAGAGACAUCAUGAACACUAUUUUCGAAUGUCAAAAAUAAUACCAUGCUCAAAGUAAAUUGGAAUUCCAGUUUUUUUUUUAGUUUGAAUUAUUUAUAUUCGCGUAAAACAAACGAUUACAAUAUA